UUGUCAACGGUUAACCGGUCGAUCGACCGAAUACCGAAUACCAAAAACGCUAACCGGUUAACCGGACCUUUUUUAAAAUUUUAAUAAAAUUGAUAAAAAUGUGUAUUGAAAUCAUUAGUAAAUAAUGUGAAAUGAUUGUAAGAAUAGAGUAGUACUUGAUUAGGCAGAUCAAUUGAUCCGUUUAUUGAUUAAUCUUGUUAACUUUGAAAACAUUUAAAUUUUAUUACUUAAUUAGCACAUAAACAACUUUUCUGUCAGCUCCGGGCAAGUAUAAUGUAAACAUAAUUAGCAUAUGUUUGUUUUGAACAGUUGUAAGCUGAAUAAAUUUUACGAUUAAGUUUAUUUCUUCACUUUGACUUUAAAUUGUGUGUUCGUACAUGUAAAUAUGCCACCUCCGUCAUCUAAGGCUUGGUCUUUUUUCAAACGUAAUGCCGACUCCAAAAUAGUGAAAUGCAAACUAUGUGAAAUGGAAUUAGUCUAUACUGGUGGUACAAGUAAUAUGCUGAAUCAUCUGAAGUUAAAACAUCCCAAUGACUUAUCUGAAACGCCUGAGAAAGUUAAGCAGUCAUCGGUUUUAGACUUUGUUCAGACACCCAGAUCUAGAAGAUUUUCGUCUUCUCAAUCUGAACUUAUAACAAAUUCAAUAGUGGAUAUGAUUGUAUUGGAUUACUUACCUAUUCGCAUUGUUGAGGGAAAAGGAUUUUCAAAACUUAUGUCGAUAAUAGCUCCUGAAUUUAAAAUUCCGUCUAGAAACACUAUAAAAUCCAGAAUAGAAAAGUCCGUAUCCAUUACUUCUGAUACAUGGACAUCGAAUGCUACAAAAAGCUUUUUAACAGUCACAGAACAUCACGUUGAUAAAGACUGGAAUUUACAGUCAAAUGUGCUUGUUACUCGUGAAAUGCCUGAACGCCAUACAGGCGAAAAUCUUUCUGAACGGCUGAAAUCUACAAUUUCAGAGUUUGAAUUGGACGGUAAAAUUGUGAGUUCUGUACAUGACAAUGCUAGGAACAUGAAUUGUGCAUCAGAGAAAUGUGACUUUGACGAUAUGAGAUGCUUUGGUCAUACCAUUCAGCUUUGCAUUAAACCAUGCUUGGAAAUACCCGCUAUUGCCAAACUUACUUCACGUGCUCGGAAGUUAGUGGGACAUUUCAAGCAUUCGACUACAAUAACAGCUGAAAUGAGGAAAAGACAAAAGUUGUUCGGACUACGACAGAACGAACUUAUACAAGACGUAGUUACGAAAUGGAAUUCGACUCAGCUAAUGAUUGAACGCCUAUGUGAACAACGCAGAGUAAUCACGGAUGUAAUGCUCGACACAACUGUUACUAAGAAAAAACUCAUCACCCGUUUUAAACCGUAUGAUAUUGAAACUGCAUCUACACAGCAUGCUUUAGCGUCCUUACUUGACCCGAGGCAUAGAACACUUAACUUUUUCUCCCCAGAACAAAAAAAAGUCGCCAUUGAAAUGUUAGAGUCCAAGUUAGACGAUGUGCCAUUAAAGCCCGCAGUUACAAAGUCAUCAAAAGCCCUUAAAACUGAAGUUGACAAGCAACCAGCCAAGAAACAAAGAGUCCAACGAUCUUUGGAUUUUCUAUUGUUUGACACCGACGACAAUACUUCCUUUCAAGAUGAAUCGGAAAUGUCAUUAUACAUCAAGGAGCGUGCUGUGCAAGAUUCAAACCCACUCGAGUGGUGGAGAGAAAAUAAUUGUAAAUUUCCUAGACUCUCUGUGUUAGCUAGACAGUAUUUAAGUAUUCCAGCUACCUCUGUUCCGUCAGAAUGA